CCAACUAAAAAUCAUCACAAAAAGGCAUUUCUUCAACACUCCUUUUCAUCUGAAUCAACUAGAAAAGCAAGAAAGCGAGAGAUCACUGUUGCAGCAAUUCAUUUUUUGUGUUAGAUUAAAUCAGAAAAAUAAAAAUGAUGAUGAAGUUCAACGCCGAAAACGGCAGCAAUAGAAAUCAGUGCAGAGCUGCAGAGGCGGCGGUGCCGCGGCAGCUGAGGGUGUCGUUCCGGGGGGAGAGCUACGUGGAGGCUGGCGGCGCGGUGUUCACGCCGCCGCUCAAUUUCGCAAUGGUGGAGUGCGGGAUUUACCGGUCUGGAUUUCCCGACUCCGGCAACUUCUCCUUCCUCGAAACCCUCAACCUCCGAUCUAUCAUAUAUUUGUGCCCGGAGCCGUACCCCGACGCCAACGUGGAGUUUCUCAAAGCAAAUGGGAUUCAGUUAUUUCAGUUUGGGAUUGAGGGAUGUAAGGAACCCUUUGUGAAUAUACCCGAAGACAAAAUUCGCGAAGCACUGAAGGUAGCUAUAGAUGUCAAGAAUCAUCCUCUACUGAUUCAUUGCAAACGAGGAAAGCACCGAACUGGUUGCCUCGUUGGGUGCUUGAGAAAAUCACAGAGAUGGUGCCUGACUUCUGUUUUCGAUGAGUACCAGCGGUUUGCAGCAGCCAAAGCAAGAGUUUCGGAUCAGAGGUUUAUGGAGAUGUUCGACGCUUCAUCCUUCAAGAACUUGCCUAUAUCAUUCUCAGUCUCCAAGAGAACACAACUGGUUAGUGGAUGACAGGCAAAGGAGGUGAAAAUGGCAGGUUAAUUUUCAGUAUGAGCUCACUCAUCUUUCCAUGAGCAUUCUUUUUUGUAUCUUUUCACAAUACACUUGCCUCAAGUGUCGAAAGUAAAGUAGAAAUCGUGCUUAUUUUAUCGUGCAUAGGGGUCUACUUAGAGCAGCUAUUUCAAAUUCAAUGUAACAACUCCUAGUUGUUUAUGGAAUCAUAAAAGUUUGUGUACUAGUUAA